AUGGACAGCCUUGAAAGACUCCAGGGUCUACAUGCUGACCUAGUGGCCUUCACCGAGAAGCGCCUGGCGACGCUCGAUCGCCUUCUCUUCGAACUUGAGUCAACCUUGGACGACUUCCGCAAUCUGCUUGACAAGCCCGAGCCCUCGGAGAAAGAUAAGGAGUUAUACAGGUCAGGCAAAGUGGUUCUUGGUGAUGCAACGGACGCCACAGAAUUCGGCAUUAACGACGAGUUCAAACACAUCAGCGUCGCUUUGGGCACCGCAAUCGACCUUAACGAGAUCGAGACAGCCAAAAUCAUUGUUAGAGACUAUGGCGACACUGUCGGACCAAACCUCACUUUCAUCGCGAAAGCUGUAGCCGACUAUCAGGACCGUCGCGAUCUCCUUCUACAGUCUCUGCGCCUGGUGUUGCAACAUGCGGAGGAUCUCGAACUAGAUUCAGCUUUGCGACUUGACGGGUUUGAGAAGAUCGUCAAAGAGGUCUUGCAAACCACAGUAAAGCCUGACAAUGGAUCUCUUUACAUCUCAAAAUGUCUGGCUGGCUUGCAGAUGCUCGAAGACCGGUACAACGCUGUGAACAACCAACUACAAAACAAGGAGACCGUGGGGCAGCUUGCUGGGCCAGAGUACGAUGCAAUCCUAGAGUUCCAGAAGGGUAGCCUUCUUAAACAACACGAAGCCCUGAGCUGCAUUCUUGCUUAUCUUUUCAAGCCAGAGCCCGGCUAUUCGAGCAUCAAUGAUCUGCAUAAGCUGCACGCCACGACGCAGAGAUGGCAAAAGCUUGAUAUCCUGCUCGUGCAUUACCUACCUGCAUAUUCUGCAGCUUUCAGAAAGUAUGGUCAAGUGGACUACGUAUCCGAGCCUGGACCUGCACAAACUCUGAAUGGCAUUUUCGGCGCUUUGCCGAAGCCAGAUCGCGCAGCUACCGCUCUCGACCCUUUUCAUGCAGUCUUGCGCGCUUGCUGGACUGUGCAGUAUAGCAGUCUGUUCGGGCCUGGCCGAGAACAUGAGCCAGAUGCGAAGAGGUGCCCGGAGCAGCUCAAGUACGCCUUAAAGGAACAUGCUCUCAGCUUUCUCCUAGCUAUCUCCUUGACCAUAACCAACAAUGCUUGGCGCCCCCCUGCUCGUAAUGAAUUGGUGCUUCAUCUUCUGAGCAAUUCUCCCGAGUUCAGCUUGGACGGGGAGCAGACAUCAGAAUACUUCCGUAUCAUGAUGAUGGAGUCCCUGGAAUCGUUCACCGAAGCAUGGAUCUCAAACAUGCCCGAUAGCAUUCGACAGUUGAAGACUGAAGAAGACGAGUUGCGCUUAGAACAGAUUGCUACGAUGCAGCAAGGCAUCCGCCCCGACCCCAAGUCAGAUCGCCCUCUACCUAUGCAUAUGGAAGCCCUCUUACUUUUGAUCUCGUUCGCAUUUGAGAAUCGACCAGAUGCAGCGGAGCAAUGGUGGGAGGAUCAAGAGAGUACACUGUACGGCUUCCUCUUGUGGGCCUCGAAAAGACAGACUGUUCCCCGUGUCAGCGCAUUCUGCGAGAUGCUCUGUUCGAUUGCCGAGGGUGCGGAUGGAGCUGCAGCGGCUCACACUUUUCUUCUGGAAGAAUCAGUUCCUACCUCUUUAUCACGAUCGCGCCGUGUACCGUCCAUGAACUUUGCACAGAUGUUUGCCGAGCUCGAACUGUAUGCUCUCAAGGUUCACGAACGAACUACGACAUCGAACCUGGCGAAUCGCAAAAUUCUCCCGACUGAUAUGAACGAAACCGAGACCCCGAUCAUGUUGUCAUCUUACCUAAGGCUUAUCGCUCAUCUGUGUCGGCACAGUCCCGUUACGAGGCAGUUCGUGCUACAACAUUCUGUCGACUUCCCGCGCGUGCUGCUCUUGCUAAGCUCUGGUCCGGUUCCUUCGUAUCUCAAAGCCAGCAUCUUUGCCACCCUCGAUGCUAUGCUAACAGACAAGGAUUGGCAUAGAGGCGCAGCGAUGUGGGUCAAAAUCGAUGAAUGGGCGUCAAAUGGCAGCGAGCUUGUCAAAUCCGCCACAACGAAGACGGAUGCCACUCCUGCGUCAACAAUUGCUGCCCUCCAGAAUACCCUGGCAACGAUCGCCUCGUCGAUCGAUCAAUAUGACGCUUUCGUGAGCCUCUUGCGCACAUUAUUAAUCCCCGUGCAAGGACACAGCCUGCCGACUUUUCCCCAGGAUCUCGGCUCGACAUAUCGGAGCGCCGGAAUCGUGCCAUACAUCGAUUUCCUUUGCGGGCAAAUCCUGACCAAGCGCCUUGGUGAAGUAUCAGAAACGCCGCAAGCGCUCCUGUGUACAUUUCACUGCCUCGAUGCAAUUGCAAUUGGCCUGGAGUCGUUCGAUCAGAACAGAGCUGCUUUACUCAACCGCGGGCUAGCAAAGACUGCGUCGACAGAGAUUGUCACCUACAUGCAGCGGCAUCCUUUUGCAAGGCUGAUGCAAUGGGUUUUGAGCACAGAGAUGGACAAACCUCUCAUGCGAAUAUUCAAGUCUUCCCAACAAGAUGUGACUGGCGCUUUCUCCGAGUCGCCACUCGUUCAAAGCAUUCAGCGAACGGUCGAUGUCAUUAACCAAGCCUUGACAUCGCAGGCAACCUAUCUCGAUGUAGUCAAGCCACUACUUAAAGAGACACCCUACGAGAGAUCUUUGGUUGGCCAGGCAUCUAUGGAGGAGCACGUCUUGGCACACCCCGAGAUCAUUCUAGACUUGUGUCAGUAUGCAGCAAGCGACCACCUUGAUCUGUCGUUGAAGGCCUUAUCACUUCUCCAGAAGCUGUCCAGCUCGGCGAAGCUGAACAACCAUUUCAUGGCCCAGCAUACCUUUCACGAUCGAUCAAGGCGAAUUGUCGACCUUCUCGGCCCGAACGCUAUCGCCACCCUUAUGAACGUAUCAGAGUUGCUUGCUGUCAAGCUCCAGGUCGAUGAGCGUGAGCUCGAGGGUGCUUUCGAAGCCCCGGGCUACCUGUACAAAGACGGGGUGAUUGCUUUCUUGAACGCCUGCUUGGAAACACAACCCGAGCUGGCGAACAUUGCCCACAUCUUACUUGGCUUCAGGCGACUCGGGGAGCGCCUGACUGUUGCAGAUGCGUUCGAGAAUGGUAUGUCGUUAUUUGACGGCCUCAUAGCUCUCGUUCGGGACUAUCCGCAUGGUGACGAGACUGGCUUUGUGUCUUGGUUAAUACAUCUCAAAUCUGCUGGCAUGCAAGUUCUGCGUCAGCUUUGGUCGUCACCAGUGUCUACUGAGAUCACAAUCUCGCAACUGCGGCGCUACCAGCUCCUGAAGACGCUCAUCGCGAGUCAGGAGGUGAUCUCAGAAAGCAGUCACUGGGACGGCAAGCUUAUGUUUGACCCAGAGUACUGGUUCUCAAGGUCAGGAGACGCUUUGACAGAGCUAUUAGAUUUUCGUGGCGCGUUGUACCUCUAUACGUCCCAGGAAAUCCGUACCGCAUCUUCGGAGAACCUUGCCACUGUGAUGAAGCAGCACUUGCAGACAAUGCUUGGUAGCGAUAUUGCGGGAAUGCCUCUUGGGCAUGCGAAUCUUUUCGAUCUUGCCGACUUCCUGGAGCUGGAUCUGUCGUUUGACAUUGUCGUACCAGAGACGCAGUAUUUUGGUAUGCUUGAUGCUACCGGUUUCAUGACUGAGGCUACAGAUGAUAAACCCAGCCUUCAUGAUGUAUCGCUCAUCAAGGAAGCUCUUCAGGGAGACAAAGACGAGCUUCUGAAGCGACAAGGCCAGCCCACUUCUUCUGCCCCGAUCGAUGAGGAGCAACUUCGCUUCGAAAGUGAGAUGAUUGCAGCUCACCUUGAAGCGAAAAAUCGCCUGCUGCUGGCACGUCAAGCAUGGCGGACGACACUGCGCAGCUAUGUUGACAUGGUUGUUGCCAUCAUUGACUGUUGCCCGAUGGAGGCAUCUGCCAAGACACAAUUCAUCUUGCAAGUUCUUCAGCUCAUCCUCCCCAAGCUUGAUGCCCUUGUGGCUCAAGAAUCUGAGGACACGAUAGAAUUAGCACGGAUUGCUGAUAGUCUGCUCUUCGCGUUGUCGUCGAUUAGCACAUCGGAACAGGAGCGGCUUGAUAACAUCAUCACCGAGAAGCUCUUCCAGCUCUUCCGAGCCAGCGUUGAUGGGAUUCUUAUGGCCACCGGCGCUCCGGGGCAACGCAGCAUCCUCUACAGCAUCUGUACGCAAUAUCUGAAUCGUAUCACCAGUGCUGACACUGCCAACAACGACACCAAUCGAAAGGCCCGCGCCAACAGCAUGGAUUGCAUUCGCUCCUCGAACAUGCGGCUAAUCAACAUACUGUCCGAUGAUGCCGAGGACGGCGCCGAUAGCUCCCGGUUAAAUGCCCUCAAUCUACUCUCACUCCUCGUGUCCCUCGCCCGUAGCGAAAAGUCGUCCUACGUUCUCGACUCCCUGGUCAACGCCAACGUCCUCGAGAUCAUCAUUGAUCCCAUCAAGCACAUCGCCGCUGACUUCCAGGACACCGAGCCUUCACUCCGAUACCAUCUGCUAACCCUUCACCAAUCCCGGAUGCUUCUACUUCUACACAUCUCUCUUACGCGUGUCGGGGCCGCCGCGCUGCUUGACGCUGGCCUUAUACCCGCAAUCCGAGACUCGCUCCUUUUUCGCGCCGACCCUGACUUGGGCUUCUCUGCUCCUGCGUCGGCCUCUGGUACCAACAUGUCAUCUUUCAACCAAAGCCUCAACCCACGACAAGCCCGCAAUGCUACCGCCCUCUCGCAACAAGCCACCACCACGAUGGCCAGCCAAAGUGCGCUGCAGAACUACUAUCAACUACUGGCACCAACACUGCGAGUGCUGCUCAGUGUCUUCACGAGCCGAGGGAGUCAGAAUGAGCAGGCGGUAUUCCUGGCUCGGUCAUUCCUGACGGACUAUCGCGCCAACAUGGUGGGAGUUUUCAAGAAGUGGAGGGGAGUUAGUGGCAAGGUGAACCGUGGGGGUGAGCGGGUGCUGGGGGAGUGUGUCUGGGGCUACACAGGCUUGGUGGCGAUGAGCGGCUGGCGGGAGUGGGAGGACGGCGAGAUGGGAGGUGAUAUGGGUGGUAUCGAAGGAGUCGGUAUGUCUGCGAGUGGGAACGGUAUGGGCAGUGUGCGGGCUGGCAAAGGUUACGGCUUUUCGUGA